AUGGUGGGGCUGGAGCUUGGACUCGGCCCUGAGACAGGGAUCUACGCCGCAGGGCUCAUCACUUCCUUCGUCGCUUACAUCGUCGUCUACCGCCUCUUCUUCCACCCCCUCGCGCAAAUCCCAGGCCCCAAGCUCGCAGCUCUCACCUUCCUCUACCAGACUUACUAUAGCUUCAAAGAUGGUAGUCGCUUCUACAAGCAGGUCGGCCUCCUGCACGAGAAGUACGGUCCUAUUGUGCGCAUCACCCCCAACGAAGUUUCCUUGAGCAACCCUGAGAACUACGAGGCGAUAUACUAUGUAGGGUCGAAAUACUCAAAGGACCCAAGAUACUAUGAUGCAUUCGGCAUGGAAUAUGCUUCCUUCACCUCCUGCCCUAACGAGCUGCAUCGUCUCCGUCGCGGACCGCUGAACAAAUUCUUUUCGCGGGCCGCGGUGCUGGAAUUGCAGAACAUCGUGAAAGAAAAGGCCGACAAGCUAUGUGAUCUGAUCACGAGGAAUUCAAAGGCUGGGGAAAUGCUGGAUAUCCAUCAUGGAUGCCGCGCUUUGUCAGUUGAUGUAAUCACUCAGUAUAUGUUCAACAAGUCCUAUGCUCUUCUCGACGCCCCGGAUCUAGGCACCCAUUUCUUCGAGCUCGUCAGAGGCAUUGGCCCUGCGCUAUGGGUUUUCCAGCAAUGGCCGGAGCUGAGCAUCAUGAACCGCCUUCCCCAAUGGAUGUUGAGAAAAAUGAGCCCGCCUCUUGCGCACAUCCUAGACCUGCAAGAACAAGCCAAACAACAAAUCCUCGUCACCAAAGCCGAUAUCGACUCCGGCCGAGUCAGCAAAGACACCAGCAAAACAAUUUUCUACGAAAUGUUGACGCCAAACCCCGAAGAAGGCUGGGUUCCACCAACUCCAGAUCAGAUCAAAUACGAAACCUACGGUAUCUUGGCAGCAGCAGCAGAUACAACGGGCAAUGGGUUGACGACAGGAGUCUACGAAGUGAUCAAGAAUCCCAAGAUCUACGCGAAGCUCACGGCAGAACUAGAAACCGCAUUUCCAGAUCCAGGCGCCAAGAUGGAACUUGCCGUUUUGGAACGCCUGCCCUAUCUGUCUGGCGUCGUGAACGAAUCCCUCCGCCUCUCCUUCGGAGUCAUCUCCCGCCUCCCGCGCAUCGUCCCAGAAGGCGGCGCCAACUUCGAGGGCUACAUGAUUCCCGCCGGCUUCACUGUUUCCAUGUCCUCUUGGGUCCUGCAUCGGAACGAAGACUACUUUCCCAAUGCACAUGAGUUUAUUCCUGAGCGAUGGGCGCUAACCAGCGACAAGCAAAAGAUGUGGAAGGCGUUUGUUCCGUUUGGAAAGGGGAGCAGGAUGUGUGUUGGGAUGCCGCUUGCUCUUUGUGAAAUGUACGUGACCUUGGGGUCCAUCUUCCGAAGGUUCAAGCACUUGAAAGGGAAUGAAUUGAGUGAAUACGAUCUGUUGUAUGAUGAUUUUUUUGCUAGUCAUCGGCCGAUGGAUGCUGUCAUGCUUCAUAUCAUUGAGCAGGAUUUGAAGGAAUAG